AAAAGUUUUCUGCGAGUUUGAUUUGCAAAAAAGCGAAAAACUUGGUCGUUCAUCGUUUUUCUUCGUUUUUCCGGUAAUUUGGAGCGUAAUACAGGUGAAAUUCAUUAUAAUUUCAUUGUAGUCCACUUACUAAUAGUGCACCUUUUCACGACCAUGACGAGGCCAGGCGAAAAUGGCAAGGAUCGACGACGGAGCAGAUCGCAUUCGCCACCGGAUCGGAAAAAGAGGCGGUCCCGGAGUCGCGAGCGCGACCGGGAACGUACGAAAACUUCGUUCCGCUUUAAGGAUUUCGGCGGCAGGCGCGAUCGGGAGAGAGAUCGCGAAAGGGAACAACGGGACCGCGAUAGGGAGAAGGAACUGGAGAAAGAGCGCUUCAAGGAAGCGGAACGGAAACGCGAACGCGAGAAGGAACGGGAAAAGCUGAGGGAGCAAGCCACCAAAUAUGCUCAAAGUGUAAGCAGCAGCGGUAGUGGAACCAGCAGUACCGGCUUCCGUCAAUCCAAGUUCGAUCAAAAGCCUCCCGGAUAUGUGGAGAAGGAGAUUAAAAAGCCGGUCAAAGAAGAACCGAAAGAGAAGGAAGAGACUUUUGAUCUCUCCGUUCCGAUGGAUAAGGAAGAGGAACAACGAAGGCUGGAACAGGAAAUGGUUAAGCGAAGGGAGCGGAUUGAGCGCUGGCGAGCCGAAAGGAAACGGAAGGAAAUUGAAAUCAAGAAACCGAGCGUUUUGACGGGAGUCAAUAUUCCGAAGAAAUGGAGCUUGGAGGACGACGAGGAGGAUGAUGAAGAUGACAUCAAAGAUAAGGCAAACAAUAUGGAUGAAGAGGAUGACGUAGAUCCCCUGGAUGCAUUCAUGAAGGAAGUCAAUGAAGAGGUUCGAAAAGUGAACAAAUUGCCCACAUCCGCUCCGAAGGCAGAUGGAAAGGCAGCGUCUAGCUCCGGUGUAACCAUUAUCACGGGUGUGGCAAAAAAGAAUACCGAAACCACCAAAAAAGGUGAAUUGAUUGAACAAAAUCAAGAUGGGUUGGAAUACUCAUCUGAAGAAGAACAAGAGGAUAUAAAAGAUACAGCCGCGAACCUGGCAAAUAAGCAAAAGAAGGAACUGGCCAAAAUCGAUCAUAGUGGAAUCAACUACUUGCCGUUCCGGAAAGCUUUUUACGUUGAAGUGCCAGAAAUUGCCAAAAUGACGCAAGCGGAAGUAGGUGUUUAUAAAACCGAACUCGAAGGGAUCACCGUAAAGGGCAAGGGAUGUCCCAAGCCCAUUAAAACGUGGGCCCACUGUGGCGUGUCCAAGAAGGAGUUCGACGUUCUGCGGAAACUUGGAUUUGAAAAGCCUACCCCGAUUCAAUGCCAAGCCAUUCCCGCAAUAAUGUCGGGUCGCGAUCUGAUCGGCAUCGCCAAAACCGGCAGCGGCAAAACUUUAGCUUUCAUCCUCCCGAUGUUCCGGCACAUUUUAGAUCAGCCCCCGCUGGAGGAUGGUGACGGUCCCAUUUCCAUUAUCAUGACCCCAACACGCGAACUUUGCAUGCAAAUUGGGAAAGACAUAAAAAAGUUUGCCAAAUCGUUGAACCUACGAGCGGUUUGCGUGUACGGUGGAACCGGAAUUUCGGAACAGAUUGCCGAGCUCAAACGGGGAGCGGAAAUCAUCGUUUGUACUCCGGGACGAAUGAUUGAUAUGUUGGCUGCAAAUUCCGGUCGCGUGACUAAUCUUCGUCGUGUAACUUAUGUGGUGUUGGAUGAAGCCGAUCGUAUGUUCGAUUUGGGCUUCGAACCGCAAGUGAUGAGAAUAAUCGAUAACAUUCGACCGGACCGGCAGACGGUGAUGUUCAGUGCUACAUUCCCACGGCAAAUGGAAGCUCUUGCAAGACGAAUACUGAAGAAGCCAAUAGAAAUUCAAAUUGGAGGUCGCUCGGUGGUUUGCAAAGACGUGGAGCAACACGUCGUAGUUUUGGAAGAGGAUGCCAAGUUCUUCAAAUUGUUAGAACUGUUGGGGCUCUAUCAAGAACUUGGCAGUAUCAUUGUCUUCGUAGAUAAGCAAGAGAAUGCAGACAUUUUACUGAAGGAUCUAAUGAAGGCCUCUUACCCUUGUUUGAGUUUGCACGGAGGCAUCGAUCAGUUCGAUCGAGAUUCGACUAUCGUUGACUUUAAGCAAGGGCGCGUUAAGCUGCUGAUCGCCACUUCCGUUGCUGCGCGAGGUUUGGACGUUAAACAGUUGAUUUUAGUUGUGAACUACGACUGUCCGAAUCACUAUGAAGACUAUGUACACAGAUGUGGUCGUACAGGACGUGCUGGUAAUAAGGGAUUUGCGUGGACUUUCUUGACUCACGAACAGGGACGAUAUUCUGGCGACAUCAUACGGGCUCUUGAGUUAUCCGGCGGUACGGUUCCCGAUGAUCUGCGAAGCUUGUGGGAUACCUACAAAGCAGCUCAGGAAGCGGAAGGCAAAAAAGUGCACACGGGAGGUGGUUUCAGCGGAAAAGGCUUCAAAUUCGACGAACAGGAAGCUGCCGCUGUCAAUGAACGCAAAAAGUUACAAAAAGCUGCUCUUGGACUGCAAGAUUCAGAUGACGAUGACGAUCUGGAGCAGGACAUCGACCAGCACAUUGAAAGCAUGUUUGCUACCAAACGCAUCGUAAAGGAAGUGGAAGCUCCGGUUAUAACACAAUCGGUAUCCACGCCGGCACCAACAACAACAAAUUCCGACAAACUGGAACUCGCCAAGCGACUGGCCUCGCGUAUCAAUUUGCAGAAAAAUCUCGGAAUGGAGGCUAAGGGUGCUACCCAGCAAGCAGCCGAAGCUAUUCUCAAGGGAGGAACCACCCAACAGCUCAUCACGGCCAAAACUGUGGCCGAACAAUUGGCGGCUAAGCUCAACACCAAACUUAAUUAUCAACCGAAGGAUGAGGAUGAAACACCCGUCGAAACGAACGAAACCGUCUUUCGUAAAUACGAAGAGGAGCUGGAAAUUAACGAUUUUCCACAGCAAGCCAGGUGGAAAGUUACUUCAAAGGAAGCGCUUGCGCAAAUCUCCGAGUACUCUGAAGCUGGUCUUACGGUGCGUGGUACGUACGUGCCAACUGGUAAAACUCCUCCCGAGGGAGAACGCAAGCUGUAUUUGGCUAUUGAGAGCUGCUCUGAGUUGGCAGUGACGAAAGCGAAACGGGAAAUCACUCGGCUGAUCAAGGAAGAACUUCUGAAAUUGCAAGCAUCGUCACAUCAUGUUAUCAACAAGUCACGAUAUAAGGUUUUGUAAAGUAAAACCUAAAUUCCGAUGUAGGACGUUCAAAAUAAAGUUUAGAUUAUUCAAUAUGAGAAUAA